UGGGGGAGGAGCAGGGGACGGGGACGGGGACGGGGACGGCGAAGAGGAGGAAGACGAAUACGGAUACUGAGAGGCCGUAUGUGCCCCGGAUCAGGAGCGGCCCGUAUGCGAUCCUCCUCGCGCUGUAUGAGGCGGAACAGGAGGUGCCCAACGGUCAAAAACCCCCCGGAAUGUUGAAGCAGCACUUGGUCGACGCUGCGCAGCCGUAUUGUGAUACGAGCAUGGAGGCGCCAGAGAGUACGAAGUCGUUCUAUAAUGGGUGGUCGUCGAGGAAGGCAUUGUUUGACAAGAAUCUUGUUUAUUCCAAGGGACAUCCGCCGAGAUACUUUUUGACGGAGUCGGGCACCAAGGUGGCGGAGGGGAUCCAGGAGGCGAGGAGGCGCGGUGAGGGUCUUGGAGCUGGUGAUCCUCUUCCUCCUCCGCCUCCUCCUCCCCCUCCCCGUGAAGCCUCUGCUCUGCCGAGGGGCAGUGCGGUUCCGGGUCCUGCAGGGUUGUCGCGGCGAAAUCUCAACGUGUUGAAUUCGGAUAUGGUACUCGAUGGGUCGGUCGUCAACCCCGGUGUCUAUAACGUGGAUUCCGAAGGCCCGGAAAACCGCAGCGCAGUCGAGAAGAAUGCAGACAGACAGGCGCAGAGACGGAGGCUGCAGCUCAUGUAUAGCGGGGCGAGUCCUGAAUACGGCAACAACCUCCCUGCGCGCACAGCCGCCGAGUUGGCAGCAAUUGACCGCGAAGUGGAGGAGGUGCGACAGCGCACCCUCAAUGGCCGACCAGUUCCUCCGGUGGGCCUUGCUCUUGGCGGUGGUCAACCGAUGGCUGCGUCGGUUGUUGCACUCGCGCGUACGAGCUCGUCCGCUAGCAAUCAUUCCAGCACUGCCGCUGGCUCCGCCUCGGUGCCCCCCGUGUUCGCCCCAUUCGAGCCCGCGGUCCUACGCUCUAGCGAGUACACCGUGGAGCUGAUUCUGGACAACCGCGAAGUACGCUCCAAGACGGACCGCGAUUACCUCCAGAACAACCUCAUCACAGCCGGCGUGACACCGACCACGCGGGCGCUCCAAGUCGGCGACGCACUCUGGGUCGCGCGCUCCGGCAACCGCGAGUUCGUGCUCGACUACAUCGUCGAGCGCAAGCGACUCGACGACCUAGUCAGCUCCAUCAAGGACGGGCGGUUCCACGAGCAGAAAUUCCGGCUCACCAAGAGCGGGAUCCCGCACGUGAUCUACAUCAUCGAGGCGUUCGCGCUCGGCGACAACGGCGCGCACAUGACGGAGGCGAUCGAGACGGCCAUCUCCAGCACGCAGGUGGUUAACGGCUUCUUUGUGAAGCGCACCGCCAAGCUCGACGACACGAUCCGCUACCUCGCGCGCAUGACAAAGACACUGCGAGACCUCUACCUCGGCAGGGACCUGCACAUCAUCCCCGCUGAACUCGUCGAGAGCCGCACCUACUCCCACCUCCGCACCCACCUCAAGAACACCCACCCGGAAAGGGGCUUCUACCUCGCCUACGACACGUUCUCGAGCCUGGUGAAUAAAAACGGCAGCACCACCCUCAGAGACGUCUUCCUGAAGAUGCUGAUGUGCGUCCGUGGCAUCUCCGCCGAAAAGGCCCUCGAGAUACAGAGGUCGUUUGCUACCCCUGCCGCCCUGAUCGAGGCGUUUGUAGGCUGUAACGACGAUAGGCAGCGCGAUGAGCUCGUCUUCAAAGCCUGUGAGAAUACUAUCGGCAGACGGAAGAUUGGCUGCGUCGUUAGCAAGAAGGUUAGGGAGGUCUGGUGGGGGGUCGCGUAGCUGUUCUGUGUGGGACUCGGAUUUCCGAGUGAGUACCGAACGAAAUGAUCUUGUGGCUUAUGGCUUACACGGGUCCCAUCCAUCUUUAAGUCACCGAUUAACUGGUGCUCCUGUUUAUCGCCUAGAUGAUAGAUGGUUGAUUAUCCCGUACAUAGCAAGCCUAGGUAGUUCACCCAUGUAUAUACCCCGCAACACAAAUGUAUUGCAUUGUAUUGUCCACCUUGAUCACGAUCAUCUGUCAGAUGAGUGGAUCCGUCUGCUUAUCCUGCAUCCUAAUAGAAGGAAUUCGGAUAUAUAGCCAUCUCUUUCGCGGCAAUGCUAGUUCCAUCGGC